AAGCGUUGCAACAUGGGCAAAGUGUCCAUUUUAUUGUACCAAGUACAAUGAAGAAACAUUUAAUGAGCAUUUGACAAGUUGCCAGGGCGUGAUCACAGAAAAACUCAGAAUCAUAUUCUUAAAGGUCAAG